UUGCACUCUAUCUAGCCCCAUCCCCCCCCCAUCUCUCUCUUAUGCAACCUAGGCUGGAAGGGGGCUAUUUUUGGCCACACCAUAUUUUUAUGGAUUUUGACCUUUGCCAACUGGUUUUUGGAUGUUGUGACUCUUGGUUCCGGUGCCGUUUGCCAUCUGGCCAGCUCGGCGCCUGUGUCAUUCAGGGCAUGGUGCAAAACUUUGGGAUUGGGGGAGAUGCCGAAGCAAACGACCGGGUUUGAAUUUUGAGUGUGGGGGGCGUAUCUCAAUUUUCUUGGAAGUUGCAAAAAAAAUUAACUGUGUGUGUGUGAGAGAAAUUUUUUUCUGCACUUUAAAGUUGGCACCGCUUUUUCUGUGGAUUAAAACAAUUCUGGAUUUCUGCAUUUGCCUAAUUUCUGGAUUUUGUGAUCCAUUAAUUAGCAGAAUUUCUCAGCAAUUCCACCCCAAGAUACUGAUUUUUUUUCUAGCUUUGGGUAGAAAGUUUGCAACAUUUCUGGACUUGUGAACAGGCACCAUUUCUGUGGAAGGAGAUUCAGGAUAUAAGGACGUGGUUUUGGUGAGGUUUCUGGAGUUAAGAUUAUUUUUUUCUUUCAUUGUGGGGGGAAAAGCCUUGUCUAGAUUUGUGGGGAGUCUGUGAUUUUUCUGGAGAUUUGAACUUGUUAAAAAACUCUGGAUUCGGGAGACAUUUUGUGACAUUGCUGGAUCUUGGAAUGUGCAAAAAACCGGUGUAUUUUGAGGGAAUUUUCAUGGCAUUUCUGGAUCUCUGCACUUGCAAAAAAGGGGGGAAAUUUUGAGCUCAUCGAAAAAUCGUCCUUGAUUUGGGGACGUUUGCAAGUAUUCUGGAGUUUGGAAUGAGGCCACAUUUCUGGCUCCUUCGGCUCACAAAAAUGGUCUAGAUUUGGGGGAAAGGUCAGAAGAUUUCUACACGGUUGCAAGAUUGUUUUGCAAAAAUUGUCUGGAUUUUUCGCUGGCAAGGUUAGCAAGCUUCCUGGCUUGGCUGCUCUGAGCUUUGGGGAGGAUCUGAAAUGCCUGCCCUUUGCUUUCUGGUUGCAACGCUGUCCUGUUCUUGCAAAAUCAGAUUCUGUCCUAACUUGUUGAACCUCCUUGCGUGCCUCGCUCCACGCACCAUGAAAGCAGCCAGGCCUCUCUGCAUGUGCCUGUGGUCGCUGGGUGUAUUUUGCUGACCAAAGACGCUGUUUGCAGAACACAAAAGACUCCUCGAUUCUCCGGAAAAUGAGUGGGAUUUUGCUUUUCCACGGCUGGACUUUCUGAAAAGAGUCGUGUUCGGAUCCGAGGGGAAACCCAACGGAUUUGCUGAGUUGGCUGGAAACCACUUAGGCCAAAAAUAUUGGGCUUGUUUGUUUGUUUGGUCUCCAAAGCUCAUGGAAGAAAGACCGAGGGAACAAUAAGGAACUGGGACACUUGUAAAUGAGACUUUGACAAAGUUUACAAGAAAAUUGUGAUUCUCUCUCUCUCUUCCUUUCUCUCUCUCUCCACCCCCCCCCCCCCCCCAGCAGAAAGAACCAAACAAAUGUGUAAACUCCACAACGUAUUUUAAUCUAGGCCUUAAUUUACAGUUCAGGGGAAAGCCAGAACUCUGCCUGUCUUUCAUUUCACCCUUUUCUUCAUUCUUCGCCCCCCUUUCUUUAACACGUUCCCAAGGUCUCUCCCUUUGCUUUCUCCUAUCACCCCACCUUCCUUCCCUCCCUCCUCCCCAUCUGGCUUUGCCCACACGAGACCCCUCCCUGGAGGCACCAUGUCUGCUCAGUUGGCCCGAGCGCUGUUUGACAACGUGGCCGAGUGCCCGGAGGAGCUCUCCUUCCGCCGGGGGGACCUGAUGCUGGUGCUGCAGCCCGAGGUGCCCGGCCUGGCCGGCUGGCACCUCUGCUCGCUGCACGGGCAGCAGGGCAUCGUCCCAGCCAACCGCGUCCGCAUCCUGCCCGAGCCGGGGCCCCCUGACCUCUCUCCGGUGCCCCGCAAGGAGAGUGCGCCAGCUGCCCUCUACGACCCACCCCGGGGCCAGAGGAGGAGCAGCGCAGGGCAGAAGGAGGAGCAGCAGGAGGUGUAUGUGGUGCCCCCACCCACCCGGCCAUUCCUGACCCCCUGUGAUGAUAUCUACAAGGUGCCCCGUGCCACCCGGAGAGACAGGGACCCCAGUGAGGUCUAUGAUGUCCCCUGCUCACUCCUGCGGGACGCCCCCCUCUCCGACACCUAUGACACCCCCUCGCUCCCCAAGCAGGUGGCAGAGCCGGACACCAACCCCUACAAUGUGCCCCCCCUGGCCAAGCCGCCCCCUGGCCAGGAGGAGGAAGAGGAGGAGGAGGAGGGACGGGAGGAAGAACCAGGCCCUGUCUACGCCACCCCCUCCAACCUGCGCCGGGCGUCCGCCCUGCUCAACCUGUACGAGUCGCCUGAGGAGCUGCUAGGGGGGGAGUACGACCUGCCGGGCCCCUCCCCGCCGGAGGCAGCCCUGGGGGGGCUGAGCCUGGGCGAGGCGGGGGGUGCGGGUGGGCGUCCCCGGCUGCCCUCGGCCGAGAGCCUCUCGCGCCGCCCCCUGCCCGCCCUGCCCUCGCCUGGCGCCCCCCGCAAGGGCAGCAUUCAGGACCGACCGCUGCCCCCGCCCCCGCCCCGCCUGGGAGGGCUGGCUGGGGGGCCGGACGAGGGGGCGGGGGAUGGGCACAGCGAAUACGAGGGGAUCAGACUGGCGGAGGAAUACGACUACGUCCACCUCAAGGGGACAGGCAGGCUCCAGCCCCCGGCUACAGACUGUGACCCCCCAGAGGAGGUGACCAGCCCCAGACCCCAACCAGAGACCCCCCUUUUGCUGGAGGAGGAAGAGGUGCCUCCCAGCCCCGAGGACGCCCAGCUGCUGCAGUUCUAUGCAGGCCAAUGCCGGACGCACUACGCCACCCUCCUGGCGGCCACGGAGGCCCUGCUGGCCAGCGCCGGAGCCAACCAGCCACCGGGUGUCUUCGUGCCGCACGGGCGCUUCGUACUGGUCACGGCGCACAAGCUGGUCUUCGUGGGCGACACGCUGGCGCGCCAGGCGGCCUCAGCCCCCCUGCGGGCCCGGGUGGGGGCGGCCGCCAACGCCCUGUGCCAGGCCCUCAAGGGGGCUGUGCUGUCAGUCAAGGGGGCGGCGCUGAGCUACCCCUCGGCCCCGGCCGCCCGCCUGCUCCAGGAGCGCCUGGCCGAGCUCUCCCGGCGGGCCCUGGGCUUCACGAGUCUGCUCAGCACCCUGGCCCCCUCCUGACCCCCUGACACCAAUGAUCCUUGGGUGACCUCUGACCCGCUCCCCAGGGCCCUCUGUGCCAAAUAAACCCAUGACCUCUGACCCCUGACAAUUAGCCCUGUAUGGCCUCUGACCCCCUGCCACUUGGCCCAUCUCACCUCUGACCCCGUGCAUUGACCUCUGACAGUCCCAAAGCCUCCUAGCAAAUGAUCCCUAUGUGACCUCUGACCCCAAAGGCUCUAACCAAACCAAUUGUGACCGCAGACCAAGGCCCUCCCACAUCCAGUGUCUUACUGCAGCCUCUGACCCCUGGCUAGUUCCCCCAAGCCAAUGACACUGGGAGCCCUGGCCUUGACCUUUAGCCUCCCACAACUGAGCUCCAUUUCCCCCUUGACCUUUCCCCUCUGUCCCACUUUGACCUGGGAGCCCCAUUAUCUUCACCCUUGACCCCCACCCAAGGGCUUCCUCUCCUAGCCUGCCCCCCCCAAACCAAAAAGCUCCUUGACCUGUGACCUCUGCCCCCAGUCCACCCCCCCAAAGCCCUGACCCACUUCAUAUGGGGGAAUCUUUGUAUUAUUUAUAUUUCAGGGUCUGGACUCAUGGAGGGUGGACGGGCCUCAUCCCCCAACCCCGGGGACCCCACAGUUGCAUGGGGGCAGGGCUGGCUCCAGCUUACCAAGCAGGUGCUUGGGGCGGCCACUUUGGAGAGGGGCGGCACGUCCAGCUAUUCGGCAGCAGUUCGGCGGAUGGUCCCUCACUCCUGCUCGGAGCAAAAGACCUCCCACCGAAUAGCUGCCGCAGAUCACGAUUGCAAUCGCAGCGUUUUUGUUUGUUUGUUUUUGUUUAGCUGCUUGGAGGGGCCAAAACCCUGGAGCCGGCCCUGCUUGGGGGGGGGGGGGUCAUGGCAAUGCCAAAGACUUGACUGCGGUUGGGUGGCAAAAGAGGACCCUCCACAAACACCUGGAGAUGGCAUUAGUGUGUGGGGGCAGGGGGUGUCAGCCAGCACCAGCAUGGAGCAGAGGAUUAUAGGAAACUGGCCGGGGCAAGAGGGAACAGAGGAGUCUGGGUAAAGUCCAGCAAAGGGGAUGGUCCCCAUCCACAGCACAAACUGCUAAGAACUGAUGACUCCCCAGCCCGUGGUGCCCCCCCCUCACAGCUUUGCUGGUGCCCCUCACCAGGGAGCCCAUGGGUGACCUGUUCUCUCAGGAAAGAUUUUUUCUACGUUUGUAAAUAAUAAAACAAUGAAAAAAGCCAA